AUGCGUGUUAAGAAUUCCGAAGAAGACUUGCCCAUUUGCAGUCCGUGGGCAGUUUGUAGUAAAGUAGAUCUCUAUCAACAACCGUGGAUAGAAAGGCAAUGCAGAUGUCCGGGAUCGCAUUCGUGUCCCUCGGGAUUAAGUCCUCACGAUGGACACACUCUCACCGAUAAAACAAGGCAAUUCAAGCUUUGCGAACCGGUUAAAAAACUACCAAAAUGUAGAUUUUUCAGAGACAUGACGUGGUCUCUCAUCAGCAACGCUGAUAACAUUACCGAACAAAUAGUACACUGUCAUUGUCCGAGAGGAUCAGUGGCGUAUCUAAUCAAAAGACAAGCAUUCCAAGUCAAUUCUGGAAUCGGUUACAAAUACUCUUUUGCGUGUUCACCACAAAGUAGAUUAAGGUGUCAAAGAAAAGAACCUUGCAGACUUUUCACCGUGAGAAAAAGACAAGAAAGACUCGAAGAAGUCAACACGAACACUUUGUGUCAGUGUUCUCACGCUCACAGGUGUCCGAAACAUCACACGGAUCCGGGAGUUUUAACCGGGAAAUCAUACGUGGAAGAAGCCAUUCGUACCUACAGCGGAUACUGCAUGCCAAUACUCAGUUAA